UUGAUCCAGCUCGAACUUAAAUUAAUCAGGUUCGUAAGACAUUCUAAUAUCAAGUGGUGUCCUAAACAAAAGUUUAUAUACGUACAUUAAAAAAAAUUAAAAAGUUUAAAAUUGGAAAAAAAAAAGAAGGAAAGAAGGGGUGGGGAAAUCCUCCCCACUCGCCUCUGGAAGAGACGGACCCAGAAUCAUUUCUUUAUGUAAUGUAAUGUGAUUUGUUUAAUUUUAAUGUGCAACUCAAGGCCCUUCAUCCUACUUAAAAAAAGAAAAAAAAAACAACAUUUCAUCCAAUAUACGACAAAUACAAAAUGCACGAUUUCUUCUUUCUUACAAACUCCAGCAAAAAUCGGCAGAUGCACAUCCUGGCAGAGGCCUCUAAAAUUCAUAGGUUCGAUCAGGCUGUGGGAAAUUAGAAUGUGGAAGCUCAAGCUCUCCCAAGGCGACGACCCAUGGCUCACAAGCAGGAACAACUUUAUCGGGAGACAAAUGUGGGAGUUCGAUGACAAUCCCAAAGAGUCUGAAGAUGAGCUCGAUAAGAUCGAAGAUGCGCGGGAUGAGUUUAGGAAAAACAGGCUCCGAGCCAAACACAGUUCCGAUCUCCUAAUGAGGCUUCAGUUUGGUAGGGAGAAGAAAUUGGAAUUAUUGCCUCAAAUAAAUGUGGAGGAGGAAGAGGAAAUUACAGAGGAGACUGUGAGAGUGACCCUAAGGAGAGCUCUGAGGUUCUACUCCACCCUCCAGUCCGACGAUGGUUUCUGGCCCGGAGAUUAUGGUGGGCCCUUGUUCCUCCUGCCUGGCCUGAUUAUUGCGUUACAUGUAACUGGAGCAUUGAGGACAGUUCUAACAGAUAAACAUCAGCACGAGAUGCGUCGGUACCUCUACAACCAUCAGAACGAGGACGGCGGGUGGGGAUUGCACAUAGAAGGAAGCGGUACGAUGUUCUGCACAGUGUUAUGCUACGUGACACUGAGACUGCUCGGAGAGGAAAUUGACAACGGUAACGAGGCGAUGGACGGUGCAAGAAAGUGGAUUAUCGACCACGGCGGAGCCACCUACGUUCCAUCGUGGGGCAAGAUGUGGCUCUCGGUGUUGGGUGUGUAUGAGUGGAGUGGCAACAAUCCCCUGCCUCCAGAAAUAUGGCUCCUCCCUUAUUUUCUGCCAAUCCACCCAGGAAGAAUGUGGUGCCACUGCAGAAUGGUGUACCUUCCAAUGUCGUACUUGUAUGGCAAGAGAUUUGUCGGUCCUAUCAGCUCCACCAUCCUUUCACUUAGGAGGGAGCUCUAUGCAACAGGCUACGAUAAGAUCGAUUGGAAUGAAUCCCGUAAUCUCUGCGCUAAGGAGGACCUGUUCUACCCGCACACAACAGUCCAAGAUAUCCUAUGGGGUUGCCUGCACAAGAUCGGAGAGCCAUUCCUCACACGUUGGCCCUUCUCUAGGCUCAGGCAGAAAGCGCUUGCAGUCGUCUUACAACACGUACACUACGAGGACGAGAAUACCCAAUAUCUUUGCCAACCCGUCAAUAAGGUGUUAAACAUGAUUUGCUGUUGGGUGGAGGAUUCGAACUCAGAUGCUUAUAAACGACACCUUUCGAGAAUCAAGGACUUUCUCUGGUUGGCUGAAGACGGGAUGAAAAUGCAGGGAUACAACGGGUCUCAAUUGUGGGAUGUCACUUUUGCCGUUCAAGCUAUCCUCUCAACUGGCCUUGUUCAUGAAUAUGGAACGAUGCUCAAGAAAGCACACGGUUUCAUCAAGAAUACACAAAUCAUGGAGAACAGUUCUGGAGAUUUGAGUCAGUGGUAUCGGCACAUAUCGAGGGGCGGAUGGCCUUUCUCGACCCUUGAUCAGGGGUGGUCUGCCUUAGAUUGUUCUUCGGAAGGCUUGAAGGCGGCACUUCUACUCUCCAAAAUGCCACCUGAUGCCGUGGGCGAUGCAAUAACAGAAAACCGAUCGUACGAUGCUGUCAACCUGAUCUUGUCUCUACAGAACAAGAAUGGGGGAUUUGCCUCUUACGAGCUUACAAGGUCAUAUACGUGGUUGGAGAUGAUAAAUCCAGCUGAAAUAUUUGGAGAUAUCAUGAUUGACUACUCGUAUGUGGAAUGCACUUCUGCAGCAAUUCAAGCCCUCGUGUUAUUUGUAAAACAGUAUCCGACUCAUCGGAGGGAAGAAGUGGACUUGUGUAUAGACAAGGCAAUCAAUUUCAUCGAGAGCGUACAGUUAUCAGAUGGUUCAUGGUAUGGAUCUUGGGGAGCGUGUUUCACCUAUGGGACGUGGUUUGGAAUAAAGGGGCUAGUAGCAGGGGGCAGAACGUACGAGAAUAGCUCUAGAAUCAGAAGGGCAUGCGGUUUCUUGUUGUCGAAACAGCUCGAUUGCGGCGGGUGGGGAGAGAGCUAUCUUUCAUCCCACGACAAGGUUUACACAAACCUGCCGGGAAACAAAUCACACAUUGUGAACACGGGAUGGGCAAUGCUGGCACUUAUUGAAGCAGGGCAGGCAAAGAGAGAGGCUGGCCCACUGCAUCGCGCAGCAAAGGUACUGAUAAACUCGCAAUUAGAAAAUGGAGAUUUCCCGCAACAGGAAUUAAUAGGAGUCUUCAACAAGAGUGGUAUGAUCAAUUAUGCUGCCUUCAGAAAUAUCUUCCCAAUAUGGGCACUCGGAGAAUACUAUAAUCGUGUUCUCUUGGGUUCUGCGGGGGAUUAAUGUUAGGAAAAAAACAAGGAGAAUGCUGUGAAAGAAGCAGAGGAGGAGCCUGAGCCUGAAGAGAAGGAAAUGACUUUGGAAGAGUACGAGAAAGUACUCGAGGAGAAAAUGGGGAGAAUAUAUCUGUAUAAUCAAUACAUUGUUUCUGCUGAAAACCAUUCACAACCAACCUUGCCUUGUAACGCUUGCUUCCAUCUGCCUCUUCUUUAAUUCUGUAAACCCACUUGUUAUGCAAUGCUUUCUUACCCUUGGGAAGCUCAACUAGUUCCCAAGUGCUAUUGGACAUUAAAGAAUUCAUUUCAUCUUUCAUUGGAA